GGGUAGGCUUCACUGCGCGAGUUUCAGUGAGCCAUCCUCGUUUCCGUAGGAAGAAGCGCCGGGAAAGAUGGCCGCAGCUGCGGUUUGAAUUCCAGCGGCGCCGCCACAGUCUGAACAAGAGCUGGGUUGGAGGGGGCGGGGACCUGGGAAGCCGGGCGGGUCGCAACAGCCGAGGGAACCAGUGGCGCCGCCGCCACCGACACUAAUACCAACAUUGCCUUUGUGUCCAUGAUGGACUCCGUGUUGGAAGAAGACGUCACUCUCCCCGGGACUUUGAGUGGCUGCAGUGGCCUUGUUCCUCCUUUACCAGAUGACCAGAAUAACAGCACCAGUGCCGGCUUGGGAAAUGGAGUGCUCCCUGCUGCGUCAGAAGAAAAGGUUUCUCCCACCAGAGCACGGAACAUGAAGGACUUUGAAAAUCAAAUCACUGAGUUGAAGAAAGAAAACUUUAACCUAAAGCUCCGCAUCUAUUUCCUUGAGGAAAGAAUGCAACAGGAAUUUGCUGGCCCCACUGAACACAUCUAUAAAACUAACAUUGAGCUCAAGGUGGAAGUAGAAAGUCUGAAGCGGGAGCUGCAUGAGAAAGAGCAGCUGCUCAUCAAAGCCUUCAAAGCGGUUGAGAGCUUGGCUGAAGGGGGCGGCUCUGAGAUUCAGCGGGUGAAAGAAGAUGCUUGGAAGAAGGUGCAGCAGGUGGAAGAUCGCCUGACCAAAAGGAUACUCCUCCUAGAAGGGGAUGUGAAAGCCGCCCAAGCAGAACUGGAAAAGGCCUUUGCAGGGACAGAAACAGAGAAGGCUCUUCGGCUGAGCUUGGAAAGCAAGCUUUCAGAAAUGAAGAAGAUGCAUGCGGGUGACUUGGACAUGGCUCUGGUCCUGGAGGAGAAAGACAGACUGAUUGAGGAGUUGAAGCUGUCUUUGAAGAGCAAAGAAGCUUUAAUUCAGUGCCUUAAAGAGCAGAAAUCUCAGAUGGCAUCUCCUGAUGAGAAUGUGUCAUCUGGAGAGCUCCGAGGCCUUUUUGCUGUUCGGGGGGAAGAAAAGGAGAGAGACACUGAGGCUGCACAAAUGGAGUAUCAGAAGGAGAGAAGACAGUUUGAAGAGAAGAUCCAGGCUCUUCAGGAGGACCUGAGAGAGAAGGAAAGAGAAAUUGCUACAGAAAAGAAAAAUAGUUUAAAGAGGGAUAAAGCCAUUCAGGGCCUAACCAUGGCAUUAAAAUCAAAGGAAAAAGAGGUUGAAGAGCUUAACUCUGAGAUUGAAGAGCUCAGCACCACCCUGGCUAAAGCCAGAGAGGCUCCCCAGAAAACACAGACCCCAAAAUUCCAUCUGAAAAAGGAGCACAGAGUACCUAGUUUAAUGAGGUGUGAAAAUCAGCUCACCUCCCUCUCCCAUCUCUGCCAGGGGUCUGAAGACUGUGAGGCUGCUCUGACAGAAAAGGAAGCCCUUUUGGCUGAGCUGCACUCAGAAAACCUCACCAAGAGCUCAGAGAACCACAGGCUGCAGAGGAACAUUAAGAAGCUCACCCAGGAGCUGAGCGACCUGCAGCAGGAGAAGGAGAGACUGGAGAGGGACCUGGAGAAAGCUCAUCGAGAGGGGAGCAAAGGCGCCCGCACCGUUCAUGACCUAAGAAAUGAAGUUGAAAAAUUACGCAAUGAGGUAAAUGAACGAGAGAAGGCAAUGGAGAAUCGUUACAAGAGUCUUUUGAGUGAAAGCAAUAAAAAAUUGCAUAAUCAAGAACAAGUGAUCAGACACCUAACAGAAAGCGCCAGUCAGAAGGACUUGUUGCUUCAGAAAUUCAAUGAAAAAGAUUUGGAAGCAAUACAGCAGAACCGUUAUUUAAUGACUGCGGAGGAUCUCGAGUUCAGGAGCGAAGGCUUAAUAACAGAAAAGCACUUUUCUCAACAGUCACCAGGCAGCAAACUCAUCUUCUCGGAGGAAAAGCAACAGUCAGACUAUGAAGAGCUAAUGCAGGUCUUAAAGAAGGAGCGGGACAUCUAUACCCACCUGGUGAAGUCUCUGCAGAACUCAGACAGCAUCGACAGCCUGCAGGCCGAGUUAAAUGCCAUUUUUGCCCUACGGAAGCAACUGGAGCAGGAUGUGCUCUCCUGUCGGAAUUUGCAAAAGAUCCUGGAGGAGCAGAUCAGUGAAAUCCAGAGGCGGGAAGAAGAACCAUUUUCAUUUUAUAGUGAUCAAACAUCUUAUCUGAGUAUUUGCCUUGAAGAGCAUAAUCGGUUUCAAGUGGAGCAUUUUUCUCAAGAAGAACUUAAGAAAAAGGUCAGUGACCUCAUACAGCUUGUGAAGGAACUGUACACAGACAAUCAGCACUUGAAGAAAACCAUUUUUGAUCUUUCCUGCAUGAGUUUCCAGGGAAAUGGGGGAGCUGAGUCAACAGAACAAAGAGAGAUAAACAACAAGAGUCUAAGUCACCAAAGUGGUCAGCUUCUGCCUAGCAAGGAGGACGAGGACACUAUCAAAAUUGAAGAGGAUGACGAGAAUAAUUUCCAAAGUGACCAGCAUUUGGAGCCAAGUAAUGAGAUUAUAGAGGAUGGUACCAAAGGAGGCUAUAAAAAUGGAUAUUUAAGGCACACAGAUUCCAAUAUUUUAGACCACCAUGGGGCUCAUAAGACAGGCUGCCCUGGAGAUCAGAACCUAGAAGGCAGCAAGCUCCUGGGCCUACUUGCCCCUUUCUUCAGUGAGAAAGCCAUGCUGUCACCGGAAUCCAGAAACAGGCCAGACCUUCUGAAAGCAUUACAUGAACUGCUUCUGGAACAAAUAUGCUUGGCAGAACAGGGAGUUUCUGGAGAAUACCUUGAUGGUCAAACUGAGAAGAAAUUUAAGCAAAUGAUCAUUCAGCUGAGAGAUGAACUCGGACAUUUGGUUCAAGCUAGCUCAUUCACCAAGCCACAUGGUGAACUGAAGUCAACGGAGGCCCAGCUAGUAAAGAUGGGUGAAGUGGCCGUGGUGGAGCUGAAAGAUGCCUCAGUGCAGACUGUGCCCAUGGAGAAUCACCUGGUCAGGUUUGAAUGUGAAGGAAAGAGAGAGGCUUGGAAAGAGAUGCCAACAGAUGCCAUAUUUGGUGCUGAGCCAGAGAAUGAGUGCAGGAUGCCAGGACAACAAGCCACUCCAUUUCCUUGCCCCAGCACGGCCAACAAAGAUGUUAAGAGGUCCCGCUUGCCAAUCCUAGCAAAGCCAUCCCGAUCAUUAGGAAAUAUGUAUCAUCUUCCUGGCACCCAGGAGGUGGUAACUCAUCUACAGGGUCAGAUCUUGGAGUUGCAGGGGGAGCUGAAUGAGUUUAAAACUCUAAAUAAGCAACUUCACCAAAAGUUAAUUCUGGCCAAGGCAAUGAUGGAUGAGAGGCCAGCACCUGACCCAAUGCUACUGAAUGUGCCUACAGCUCAGCCUCUUGUGGGAGCAGCUUACCAGGACAGCUCAGGAGAGCAGAAAGGAACUGAAGCCACACCCUCUGCCCAGAGAGACAAGGAGGGGGACAGUGACCAGCAAACAAGCUACGUGAUCGAUUCUAAAGUUUAUCCAACUGAUGACCUUGCCACAUUACCAGCAUGUAUAGAGAAUCCUGAACAUUCACCGUGCUCAACCUCAGUAUCUACUCACUUGAGUUCUAAGAGUCAGCUUUCUGCUAAAGACAAUGUGAUUUGGACUGAUGAAUCUGAGAACCCUGACAUCUCAAAUGAUACAGAAUACUUAAAACAGAAAAUCCAUGACUUGGAAACUGAGCUAGAGGGCUACCGGAAUUUUGUAUUGCAGCUUCACAAGCAUUCCAAGUGCAGUGAGGCCAUUAUUACAGUUAUGUGUGAGACAGAAGGGGCCCAAGGUGGUUCAAACAAGCCCAAAGGCAGCACCGAUGAAGAAGAUAUGACCUUUUCAAGUCUGCACCAAGUACGAUAUGUGAAACAUAUGAAAAUCCUCCGUCCAUUGUCCCUGGAAAUGAUUGAUGGCAGGAUGCUGGAAACUCUCAAACAGCGGCUGGUGGAACAGGAGUAUGAGCUGCAGAAGGAGGAGAAUUUGAACUUGGAACUCUUCAGUGAAAUCCAUAACCUACAGAAUAAUUUCAGAGAUUUCUCACCCUCAAGAUACGGUUCAUUAGUUCAGUCCCAAGCCAAGGAGCUCUCCCUUCAGCGGCAACAGAUUAAGGACAGUCAUGGCAUCUGUGUCGUUUACCGUCAACACAUGAACACCAUGAUUAAGGCGUUUGCAGAGCUGCUGCAGGCCAGUGAUGUGGACGACUGCAUGGCCGCAGGUUUCCGGGAGCAGCUGAAUCAGUGUUCUGAGCUCCUGGGGAAAUUGGAGAAGCUGUUUCUCAAUGGAAAAUCAGCUGGAAUGAAACCGAGUCUCCAGAAUGAACCAGUAGAGAGGAUUGAAGAAGACAACUUCACCUACCAACAUAUUCUGCCUGAAUCUCCUGACUCUUCUGCCUCUCAUGUGUUGUCUGAUGAGGAAAUAUCCGAGAAGGCCUCCCUCUCCCGAGAUCAGCAGCAAGAUAGUGAGACCGAGAAGGUGGAAAUGGUAACGAACCAUUUUUCUCAAGUGUGGCACUUGGCACAUGGGCCAGACCCUUUGUCUUCCUCCGUUCAGGCUACUGUAGCAGAAUACCACAGACUAGAUUUGCUAAUGGAACACAUUCAGGAAAUUCGAACUUUAAGAAAACGUUUAGAAGAAUCUAUUAAAACAAAUGAGAAGCUACGGAAACAGCUAGAACGGCAAUGGUCUGAAUUUGAUCAAGGUUCUACAAACAUUUUUGCAUAUGGUUCAGAGCUGCACAAUUCUCUGACAUCAGAAAUACAUUUCCUGAGGAAGCAGAACCAGGAGCUCAACAUGAUGCUAGUGAAGGGGUCCCAAGAUAAACAGAAGGAGAAUGAAAAAUUGCUGGAGUCUGUCUCCAGGAAGGCUGCGAGUCUGGAGCUCCUUCAGCAAGAGUAUGCCAAUGUGAAAGGGGAGAACGAGAGGCUGCAGAAGGAAGUCAGCGAGAGAGAGAGACACAACCAGCAGCUGCUCCAGGACGUCCACAGUGGCCACCAGGAGCUGAGCAGAGUGCAGGAGGAGGUGAAGUUGAAGCAGCAGCUGCUGUCACAGAAUGACAAGCUGCUCCAGUCCCUCCGAGUAGAGCUGAAGAUGUAUGAGAAGCUGGAUGAGGAGCACAGGAGGCGACAGCAAGAGGCCAGAGCAGAAGCAUUGGGGGCAGGCUCAAAGGGACAGGAUCCUUGCAGUGACCUGCACGGCCUCCUGACAGAGAUCCAGGCUUUGCGAACACAGCUGGAAAGGAGCAUCGAAACCAACAGCACGCUGAGGAGCAAGCUGGAGGAGCAGCUGGCACAGGGGCCCAAGAAGGUCCAGGAAGGAGCCCUCCCUCUGCCUGCCCAGGCCCUGUCCAUCCUCGAGGGGUCCCUUCCUCUAGACAAACAUGGUGGUGACAAAUAUUCCAUGGCAAGUGAUAAUUCAUUUGAACUGUUUGAUUCUACUCAGACAGUAACACGAAACUCAGCUUCAGAGGUUCCCCCAUGCUCUGGCAAUGAUGUGGACUCCCUGUCCUGUGAUAGCAACUCUGCAACCACUACCUCGUGCAUGCCCCACCCGGUCACUGGCCACCGCCUGUGGGCCAGCAAGAGUGGCCACCAUGUCCUAGGCCUGUUUGAGGACUAUGAUGCCCUGUGGAAGCAGAUCUGCCAGGGCCAGAGGCUCCUUGCUGAGAUGGACAUUCAAGCCCAUGAGGCUCCCAGCCCCACAAAUCAAGAGCUGGAGACAAAGGGCCCACACUCCGCAUCUCUGUGCAAGUUUGUCUCCAGCUUGAGCACAGCCAGGCAGAUCCUGGAAGAGGCCUCGAGGUCACUGAAGCUCCUCUGGAGAGUUUCCCUCCCGCCAGAUGGCCAGUGCACCCUCCACUGUGGGCAGAUAAGAGAAAUGAAAGCAGAGAUCACCAAACUACAUAAAAAACUGUUUGAACAAGAGAAGAAGUUGCAAAACACUGUGAAGCUUUUGGAGCAGAGCAAGCACCAGGAAAAAGUCAUCUUUGACCAGUUGAUCGUCACUCACAAAGUCCUGCGGAAGGCCAGAGGAAACCUGGAGCUUAGGCCCGGAGGGGCCCACCCGGGGACAGCCAGUCCCAGCAGACCCGGCUCCUGAGGAUGACUGCCAGCCAAUUAAGCCAAUAAAGCUUGUGGCCCCAGAUCAC